GCCUGAAGCAUCAGAAGAUCAUAUCCACUGGAAGACUUAUUGACUUCCAUUCUUGAGAAUCCCAGAACAACAUCAGUCUGGCAUGGCGCAGGGCAGUCAGCAACUUGAUGUGCAGGUACUCCAUGACCUCCGGCAACGUUUCCCUGAGAUUCCAGAAGGGGUGCUGUCUCAGUGCAUGCUCCAGAACAACAACAACCUUGAAGCAUGUUGUCGAGUCCUUGCGCAGGAGAGCAGCAAAUACUUAUAUAUGGAGUACCAUAGCCCUGAUGACAGCAGAAUGAACAGGAAUCGCCUUUUGCACAUUAACCUGGGUAUUCAUCCCCAUACCAGCUACCAUGCAGGGGAAGGAGCUCAACUUAACGGUGGUCGUACACUGGUACAUAGCUCAAGCGAUGGACAUAUUGAGCCACAAUGCACAGCAGGUAAACAGCUGAUAUGCUUAGUUCAAGAACCACACUCUGCUCCAGCUGUUGUGGCAGCUUCUUCUAAUUACAAUCCAUUUUUCAUGAAUGACCAGAAUAGAAAUGCAGCUACUCCUCCUCCGCAACCAGCUCAACAGCCAUCUUCCAUGCCACCAGGAAUGAACACAUCUGCUAUGCAAGGCCCUCAUCCUCCUACAUAUAUGCACAUACCUCGGUACAGUACAAAUCCUAUUACUGUUACAUUAUCGCAAAACCUCCCCUCUGGACAAACAGUACCCAGAGCUUUACAAAUUCUUCCACAGAUUCCAAGCAAUCUUUAUGGGACUCCUGGUUCUAUAUAUAUUAGGCAGACGUCUCAAAGUUCUUCAGGACGACAGACUCCUCAGAAUGCACAGUGGCACUCUUCUCCACAAGGCCCAGUUCCACAUUAUACUCCACGCCCGCUACCUGUUUAUCCACAUCAACAGAACUACCAACCUUCACAGUAUUCUCCUAAACAGCCCCAGAUCCCUCAGCCAGCUUAUCAAUCACCACCUGCAUCUCAGUGUCCUUCUCCUUUUGGCUCUCCUCAGCAUCAGGUACAGCCUACCCAAUUAGGUCAUCAGAGUUCACAUGUGUUUAUGCCUCCUAGUCCUUCAACUCUUCCACCCCAUGCAUAUCAACAAGCGCCCCAAAGUUAUCAAAAACAGGGUGGUCACUCAGUAUCUUAUCUCCCUUAUGGACCUAGCUUAUCCAAAGGUUCUAUGAACAAGAUAGAAAUUACAGUUGAGCCACCACAAAGACCUGGGACUGCAAUGAAUAGAAGUCCUUCACCAAUAAAUAAUCAGCCAUCUCAACGAAACCAGCACCCGCUGUAUGCAGCCACUACUCCAUCUUCAGGCUCUCCUUCAAGAGGUAUGUCAGGUCAACCAAAACCACCAUUUAAUGUUAAUCCAUUAUAUAUUACCUACACACAACCAACUGGACCUACAGGUGCACUAACACAGUCUCCCCGGGUAAUGGUAUCUCAGCCAAACUCAACAGUAUUUAAAAUCACAGUAGGUCGAGCGCAGACUGAGAAUCUUUUAAAUUUAGUGGACCAAGAGGAGCGUUCUGCAGCACCAGAACCUAUUCAGCCCAUUUCAGUAAUACCAGGAUCUGGAGGAGAAAAAGGAAUCCAUAAAUACCAGAGGAGUUCCAGUUCUGGAUCAGAUGACUACGCUUAUACUCAAGCCUUGCUAUUACAUCAGCGAGCAAGGAUGGAGAGGUUAGCAAAAGAACUGAAGCUUGAGAAAGAGGAACUUGAGCGGCUGAAAACUGAAGUUAAUAGCAUGGAGCACAAUCUUAUGCAGAGGCGACUCAGAAGAGUAAACUGUACAACCUCAAUCCCAACACCUGAGGAAAUGACCAGAUUGAGAAGCCUGAAUAGACAGCUCCAGAUAAAUGUUGACUGUACUCUGAAAGAAGUUGACCUCCUUCAAUCUAGAGGUAACUUUGAUCCGAAAGCCAUGAGCAACUUUUAUGAUAAUAUAGAGCCUGGUCCUGUUGUGCCACCAAAGCCAUGUAAAAAAGAGCAUCAAACCAGCUCCAAACAGACUCCACAGACUCAGCCAAGAGAUGAAGACUUUGAAGGGGCUCCAUGGAACUGUGAUAGCUGCACCUUUCUGAACCACCCAGCGCUAAACCGCUGCGAGCAGUGUGAAAUGCCACAUUACACCUGA